ACUCCCCACACCACCAUGCAACCGGCCCCUUCAAAAGCUCUGCCCUCCACGCACACGCACGCAACCGCCUAUAGACCUCACGCGUCCGGCACCAUGCCGUCGUCCUCCUCCUCCUCCUCCUCGUCUUCUGCCGCGCCCCCCGGCCGCGCCAUGCCCGCGGACGCCACGGCCGGCGGCUGCCUCCCCGCCGACCAGUCCUGCUUCGCGCUCACGGCGGCGGGGCCGCCCUACCCGUCGCGCCGCGCCGCGCGCGCCGCCUGCUGCACCACCACCUCCUACAUCGUCGUCCUCAGCAUUAGCUUCGGCUCCCUCCUCGCCAUCCUGCUCGUCCUCUGCGUCAUCCGGUGGUACCUCGUGCACCGCUCCGCGCGCCGGCACGAGGCCGCGGCCGCGGCGGACGACGCGGCGGCGCCCAAGAAACGGCCCGCGGGCCUCGACGCGGACGCCAUCGCCGCGCUGCCGGAGUUCCUGUACCAGAACGAAGACGGCGAGGAGGAGGCGGAGUGCGCGGUGUGCCUGGCCGUGAUGGUGGAAGGGGAGGACGCGCGGCGGCUGCCCAGGUGCAUGCACGUCUUCCACCGGGGCUGCGUCGACGUCUGGCUCAGGGAGCACUCCACGUGCCCGGUAUGCCGAGCUGAGGUGGUCGUCAGGCCGGCCGCAGAGGAGCAAGCCGGGAAGGAGCAUGUGGGCAGCACGUCACGGGCUGUUGCGUCACCGACGCCGGCGCCGCCACCGCAGGAGCGGGUGCUGGACGGCGGGGAGAGGGACCUGGAGGCGCAGUAGUAUGUGCUCGGGCCGAUAAUACAAUUCAAAUUACAGGAGAGGGAUGAGUAUGGCCUUAGCGCUUUGGUGAAAACACAACUACACAACUGAACAUGCAAGCCUUGAGUUUGAUGCGCGCCUCUAGCGUUGUCCAGAAAACAUGGUGCAAAAUAGAAAAGAUAUAUCAGAACAUCCAAUCAUGUAGUCUGGAAACAGAUUUUUGUAUGCACCCACUUGAAAAU